UCCGCUCCGCUCCUCUCCGGUGCGCUCGGCUCGGUAUGGCCAGAUUCACGCAGACUGAGAGCAGGCACCAGCAGCAUCAGCACCAGCACCAGCAGCAGCUUCAUCCUCAGCUUCAGCACCACCAGCUCCCUCAGCAUCCUCAGCAGCAGACUCCCCCGCAGCCCGCCCACGCCAGCGCGCUCCUCGUCUCCACGUCGGCAGCGAUAGCAGCAGCACCGAGCCCACAGCCCGCGCACCUCGCGCUCCCCAAGCCUAUGAACGGCCCCGAGUCCGUCUCCGUGAUCCACGCCGACGGCGGCGCCAUGAAGGACCAGGAUGCCAUCAAGCUCUUCGUGGGUCAGAUUCCGCGCAACCUCGAGGAGAAGGACCUCAAACCCUUGUUCGAACAGUUCGGCAAGAUCCACGAGCUCACCGUGCUGAAGGACCGAUACACGGGGAUGCACAAAGGUAACGCCAGUUCUUUCUCCGUGGACAAUAAAACUUAA